GAUGAAAGACCACUCGUAGCAACAUGUGCUGGGAGCUGCAGUCUCUUGUGGCCACAGCUCAUAGUAAAGGGGGUUUCUAAAGGAAAAAAAUAUUGGGUUCCCCCUUUUUUCUUUUAAAGAAGGCAUGAAAGAUUUUUUUCACUCCAGAAAAAAAAGUUUAUUUUUCCCCUGGCUUGUUAUUACCUUAGAAAUUCAGGCCUUGUCAGGGAAUUUUAUGGAUAAGUGGAGGACUAGCAGAUUUAUGACAACAUAGAUACCAAAGAUAUGGAAGGAAGUGGAAGAGGAAGGGAUUUUUAUUCAGACUGAGAUAUUCUGAGUCAUCCAUGGAGUCUUUUAGCAAAAUCAAUGAAGAUGAAACUUGAUAUUCCUGAUAUUUUUAAGGCUCAUCCUUCCGUACGCAUCAAAGGAACAGAACACAGCUACAGCCCAGUUCUGUGCCAAGAUGACCAGUGUGCUGCCAGUAUCAAAGGGAGGCACACCCACUGUCCAUUCUGCAACAUUUCGGAGGCUUAUCAGGACCCGUUCAUUCUCCAGGCUCACUACCGGGUCAAACACGUGGACAAGGGGCUUGACUUUGCAGGACUGAAAAUCCUGCGCUGCUGCAAUCACUGUGAGAUCGUGGGCACGAUCAAAGGGGAGAAGAAGUUCAAAGGGGCGCACUGGCACUGCUACCGCUGCCGCAAUGGCUUCAACCGGCGGGACGAGGCAGUGAAGCACUACAAAACCCACUUCCGGAACCCCCACACCACCUUCCAGAUCCAGAUCACACAGGAUGUCAACAGCCGCCAGUAUUACCAGCACAGCGCUGAAGCCCACCCCAAGGCCUAUGGCGGCCUCCAUGUCUCCACCGGGGCCAGCGUCGAUAUGAUGGCCAUAGGCUCGGUGCUGGCCCAGACCGUCUUGGCAUCAGGAUCGCCUGUCUUCACCACCGACAAAGGGACAGAAAACCUCUUGGACAGCCCUGCCAAGGACAGCCGUUUGAACAGCAGGAUCAUGCUGGGAGUAGAAGAGAUGGCAGGGCUCAGCACCUCCUCCUCAUCCCUUCCCACCCAUCAGACCCUGGUGCUGAUGGACCCUGAUGGAGACAGUGGCAACAUCAUCUUUGAAGAGGGAGCCAAUUCUGUGGCAGGGCAGCCCAGUGAGGGGCUGGAUCAGAACCUGCUGGAGAAACAACUGAUUGAGCUGCACCAGCAGAACCAGCAGCUGCUGGAGGAGAAGAAGGAGAUGGAACAGAAGCUUCGGGCAGAGAUCCUGCAGCUAAAGGAACAUAUUGCCAGCGUUGUCCAAGCUAACAUCCGCAUGGCAGAGGAGCUGAAACGGUACCGAACCUCAGAUGACCUGGAGAAGAAAGUCAGCAAGAUGGUUGAGCAGAUGGAGUGGCAGCACCGAGAAUUGCUGCAGAUGCAGGUGGCAGCCCUGCGGAAGGAGUUUGCCCAGAAAGAGAAUUGGCUGACGAACGGCAAAUCCACACCUCCAGCAGAUGCUGCCCUGGAAACCAGGGAGCUGGCUGUAACCUCCUCCAUGCAUGCUCUUCUGGCCAACGCUGCCCUGGCCUCCACAAACAGCACCCAGUUCACCCUGCCCAACAGUCCCCAGGACACUGCGACGCCCAGGCCGUUAGACAUUAGCACUGGGGAUGUUGUUUCCUUCACUGAUCCGCCAGAAAGCUUACCUGGCACUGGGGGCAACAGCCUGGAAAAGCUGGGGAUCGUGGAGCUGCACCUGGACACAAAAUCGACCAUAGUGAACCAGGAAGCUGGCUCCCCGCCAGCUCACGCCCAGCUCCUACCCACUGGCGAAAUGAAUGAACCCAUGGGACUGCUCCCUUCACCGGGUGGAGAGAAGCGGCUGGCACAGCACACGUUGGCAAGAGAAACCAAAACCAAACAGCAGCGGACAGUCUGAUCCCACACGAGGAACUUACACCACACAAGCCCCUCUCUUCCUAAGCCAGUAGCCAAACAAACUUGCCAGUUCCCUGUUUUGUAGCCAGUGCUUUAAACUGAUAGCUAUACAUGGUGCUGUCAGUUAUUAAACUGCCCUUAAGUUAUAAAUGUAUCCAUAUAUUUAAGUAUGAAAUUCUUUCCUCAGUGUAUGUCUGGGGUGUACUGGGCAGAAAAGUUACACACAGCACAGGGCCCAGCUGACUUUUCUCCAACAGAAUAGAUUUAACCCUGAAAUGCCUGUUACUUAAACAAAAUAAACUGAUCAUGUCAUUCCAUGGAAUGGGCAACAGGGGGGGCUCACUUGAUGAUUACCUGUUCUCUUCAUUGCCUCUGAAGCACCUGGCACUGGCCAGUGAGAUACAGGAUCCUGAGCUAGAUGGCCCUUUCGUCUGAUCCAGUCUGGUCGUUCUUACGUUCCAAAGGUUCUGCACCAUUCCCAUAUUUGGGCCAGAAAAUGGAAGGUGUGUUCAGAGGCAAUACAGAAAUCUGUCCCCCUCCGUUCACAUGUUUAUAGCAACACUAUUAACACACACGAGGCAAGUUCCCUGCCUGUUUGCUGCUCCAGCACCCCAAGGAGCAAGACUCUGUCAAAGGAGUCCCCACCUCAGUGUCCCAUGUGCUGGUUUCAAAUGCUAAGCUAGACCCGA